AUGACAACUCCGAAUGCGAUUGAUUUCUACCUGUCUGAAGUGGAUGCUCGUAUCGCCGAGAAGCGUGCUCAGUUGGAAGAGACGCUCGAGAAGUCGGAGAAAGUGAAGAGCCACGCGGAAACCAUUCAAAACUUCAUCGGAAAGUCAGUCCUUUCUCACUUUGGCCCCGCCGCACAAAAACAAGAAUAAUUGAGUGAUUUUGAGCGUUUUCGGUGAAUAAUUGCGUAUUUUGAUCAUGACGUCGUCAGGUAUGCGAAUUUCGAGUCGAAAGUCAAGGACUUCCAAAAGGAAAUUGCGGAAAUGGACCGAUUGAUUGCGGAGAAACAGAAGGAAAUAGAUGAGAAUAAAAACUUUUCGAAGAGAGAAGAGUAAGGAAAUUGUGUGUUUGGAAGUGAAUACAAAAGGAUUCCUUUCAGAAUUCAAUUGACGAAAAUGAUGGAAAAGUUGGAGAAGGUGACUGAGGAACGGAAGCAAAAAGAGAGAACACUUCUGAAAUUGUACGAAGAGGAAGGCAAGACAAUGGACUCCUCCGAUGAAGAAGAAGAAGAGGAAGAAGACAAGGGAACGUAA